CAAAUAACCAUUUAUCCCCGAGCAAAGUGAGGAGCUGUAGAAAAUUGAGACCAGAAAACCGAUCGUCUUUGAAUAAGAGGCACAUAUGUUUUUUAUUUGCAAUCGGCAUUUAAACUCACAGCGGUUCCGACUCUGGACACACCACUAUGUAUAGGUUUGGGUUGUAAGAGUAGAAAUGGGAGGUUCAAUGGUGGAGAGGUAUGAAAAGCUAGGGUUAAAGGAGUCGUUGAAUAAAUCGUAUCGUUACCCAAUUGCUUGUGAUGAGCUAAGCUCUAUUCUAAGAAAUGCAUAUUCUAAAGUUCCCAAAUAUUGCCAAUCUCUCUUCUUCCAUGACUCCCUCGCCGCCUUUCAUCUUCUUCCUCAAAUGCAGACACAAGCAGCUAUAGCAGCAGCAAAUGGCCUGCUUCACAGCAUGGAAGCUGCAUUACCAAAACAAAAGAAAGCUUUAGCUGCAUCUGAAUUCAAACAGGCUAUGGUUGCUCAUAGGAGGCGUCGGAAGGUCCAACCAGUGGUGGAAGGUAGGAGCCAACUUCCUCAGGAUGUUCUUGUACACGUAUUUAGUUUCUUAGAUUUAAAGUCUCUUGCUACUGCUUCUUUAGUCUGCAGGUUGUGGUGUGUGGCAGCUAGUGACAACCAUCUCUGGCAGUCUCUACAUAUCGACUUUUUUGGAAAGUCAAGUGACAACCCAAAUAUUAUCAGGCUUACCUACGGUAUGGAGAGAAUUUCUUUUACUCUGGAGAAUACCACUGCAGCUAAUGUUGACUGGAAAGAUGCUUUCAAGCGAGCUUGUAGAGGAACUUCAAGAAAGGUAACAUCCCAGAGGGGCUUUUGCAAGCCGUGCAAUUCAGUUGUUUGGCUGAGUAAUUCCAAGUGUUCCAAUGAAUGCUUUGGGAAAAUUUCUGAUGAACAUCAGAUCAUGCCUGUGUCAAUUGAACAGAUUGUUGCAUAUGUAUUAGAGGAGUCCAUACCUUCCUCAGAUAGUGAUAGUGAUUCAGAUGACUCAGUUGAUGGCUCACUCUUCAAGCUGUGGGCCUAUCCCAGGAGAAUUAGUGAGCCGCAUGAAUGAUGCGGUAGCAUAUAGAAGAUCCUUGUUUAUAUAUCAAAGACAUACUGCAAACAGUUCAUUUUGCUGGGGAUUGAAAGAAAUGAGGUAAAGGAUUGUAAUUAAUGUCCACUUUCAAAUGGCAAAGUUUGAGAAAAUGCUGCAUAUAUCAAUCAAAUGGGACGAUUAAAUAGCCUUCUCUGUUGUUUCGUUAAUUCUGAUGCUUCUGGUUUUGUUGGGGAGCUUUACAAGUUUACAUGAGAUGGUCCACUUACAUCCUUGCUAAGUCAAGAAAUGAAAAUAUCAUGAGUGUAGUAACCUAAUAGCUUUUGGAAUUGGGUUCUCACGCAGAAUGCAACUAUUGAUUGAAGCCGCCUUACCUAGAGAUUGAGGGUUUCAUAUUGUAACCUUGUGCUAUGAACUGUAACGAAAACCAAUAAUGCCAUCCUACGGCAAAAUGAGCCAUUGAGGCAUCAAAGUAUAAGGCAAAUAGCGGGAAAAAACGGAGGAGACAACUCUGAGCCGUCACCAAGUACAUUGCAGAGCAGCAAAUUAUACAGCCAAAUUGAUACAUGAUUUACAGGCUGGUAAUUAGCUCAAUAGUAGUUACAUUACACAUCAGCAAUUAGUUGCUUGAUUAGUUAAAAUUUAGUUGAAUUAGCUAUCGGCGGGAAAGUUAGUUAUAGGUUGUUAGAUGUCCAAUUUACAGUUUUGGCUAUAUGUAGCUAUGAUUCUCAGAAUCGUAAUUCAUUCUUGAUAUUUUCUCUUGAUUAUUAAUACAAGAAUUCUACUCUUCUCUAA